ACCGCCAUUUUGAAAAUCUUUGUUAAAAACGAUCACCAAAAUUACACCAUAAAAAAUAAUUGUUUUUAAGACCUUGGAAGCUCAAGCCUACCAGACAUUAAAUGUGAUGGAAUGAUAAGCCCUUAAGGGGGUUAUAGAGGAUUUUGUAUGGAAUACUGAGCUUAAAAACCAAAAUGAAUGAACGGAAGAUCGAGGAAGAAGAUCGCCAUUGAACGAUACGACGUCAAAACCUCACAACUUGAAUUUCAUUUGAGGGGUCAGAUUUCUUUAACAGGUGCUAUAGUGGAUAGUUUGACCGUGGGCCUCGUACAGAUAGAUCCAUUCUCCCUCCACUUGGGGGAUCUUUCUUUUUGUUGGAUUUUUUUUUGGUUGAAUCAAAGCAGGAAGCUGAUAUGUCUUGUCCUCAUCAAGUUUUUAUGAAAAAGAUUAAUCCAGCAGACUUGAAGAUGAUGAGAACACAGGGAUCUUGUAAUAAAUGUGACAAAAAAGGAAAUGAUCUGUGGGCAUGUCUACAGGACUGUUGUUUAUAUAUUGGAUGUGGGAAGUGUAACAGAAAUCAUAUAGAGCUUCAUAAUCAGGAAACUGACCAUCAUCUGUGCAUAAAUCUGGAUGAUUACAAAGUCUGGUGUUUUAGUUGUCAAUCCAGUGUAGAUUCCAGUAGUUCGGGCAGUGGCACACCCAGUCCCGAGGAAAUGGAAGUAGCAGAUGGAAGAGAAAAGACAACCAAUUACAAACACAGGAAUCAUGAUAUUCUUGAUGAUGAUGAUUUUUUGGACUUAGAGCAAGGCCUUAAGCCAAGAGGAUUAUGUGGGCUAAUGAAUAUUGGCAAUACUUGCUACAUGAAUGCUGCUCUUCAAGCAUUAUCCAAUUGCCCGCCACUGACCCAGUUUUUUUUGGAGUGCAAUGGUAUGAUCAAUGAAAACAUUAAACAUCCAGGUUUAUCAAGAAACUUCUACAGUUUAAUAAAUGAAUUGUGGUCUAGAAAGAGACCCAAAUAUAUCGUCCCAUCACAGUUUCUUCGCAGUGUACGGAUAGUUAACUCCCAGUUCAGGGGGUAUGGACAACAGGAUGCACAAGAAUUCCUGCGAUGUAUUAUGGAUCGAUUACAUGAGGAACUCAAGCAGCCAAUCAUGAGCUAUUCUAGGGUGUCAUGUGACACAUCUGAUGAAAGUGAUGAGCCAAACCACCAGGCUAAACGACUGUUGGGCGGGACUUCUGUUCUGGCACGCCGCAGACAUGGUCAAGACAUUGAAAUGUUAUGCGAAAGCAGUGACGAUGGCGACGACUCCAGAGACAAGGACUCCGAAAUGCCUCUAGACAAACGAAGGUCAAGUGCUGUUCUGGACACCUCUGAUGUCCAAAUAGACAUUGAAAUGGAAGAAGAACAGACAGAAACAGAAAAAUCGAAGCACUCAGAAAAAUUAAUAGCUAAUUCAUACAGCAAUGGAAAAUGUGUUCAGGGUACGAAACUUGCAGAGGAAGAGGUCAAUAAUAAGCCGAGUUUUAGCGAUAAGAAACCAGAAAGUGCUGCACUUACGUCUGAAGGCCAAAAAACCAAAGAGAAUAAACACAUUUAUCAUGAGGAUCAUUCAGCAGAAGUCAUAAAGAAGACUUCAACAUAUCGCAGUAUCAUAACAGACUUGUUCGAUGGCAAAGUCCAAAGUUCUGUACAGUGUUUGACUUGUAACAGGAUUUCUUCGAAAAUCGAGACAUUCCAAGACCUUUCAUUGCCCAUUCCAGGCAAAGAUGAAUUGAAUGUGAUCCAUGCUGCACAAUGUUCACCGCUUGCAUCUUGUGCGAGAAGAGAUGAUCUGUCUAAUGACGAGAAGAGUUGGAUGAUGUCGAUUCUGGAUUGGGUUAAACGAUGGUUUUAUGGCCCACAAGUCACGUUACAGGAUUGCCUCUCAGCUUUCUUCUCGGCCGAUGAACUUAAAGGCGAUAACAUGUACAGUUGUGAAAAAUGUAAAAAGUUGAGAAAUGGUAUCAAACUUUGCAAAGUUCUUAAACUUCCCGAGAUUCUCUGCGUACACCUCAAGAGAUUCAAACACGAAAUGUACUUCUCAUCCAAGAUCAGCCAUUUUAUUUCAUUUCCAACGACAUCUCUCGACAUGAAACAUUUUCUCGCCAAAGACUACAGAUCCAGUAUGUCUCAUAAACCUUCCACUACAUACGACUUAGUCGCUGUCAUAUCACACCAUGGUAGCGUUGGAGCCGGUCAUUAUAUCGCGUUUGCCAAGAACUACAUCAGUAACAAAUGGUACGAGUUCAAUGACUCCUGGGUCAGUGAAGUGUCUGAAUCCUAUGUAUCGGAAGUGGAGGCUUACGUCCUGUUUUACAGGAAAACAAGUGAGAUGGCAUCCAAAGAAAGGCAGUGGUUAUUUAAUAUGAUAAGAAACCCUCAAUCGAGCGUGCAGUGCUUUUAUGUAUCUAAGUUCUGGUUUACAAAGUUCCAGACAUGCGCAGAACCAGGACCCAUUACCAAUACUGAUUUUGUUUGUGAACAUGGAGAAAUCAAUCCAAAGAAUCAUUGUCGAAUCAAGGAUCUUGUCACUGCUGUUCCAGAAGUCGUAUGGACACACAUCUAUAAUCGAUACGGCGGAGGCCCCGUGGUGACGCGUUUGGAUAUCUGCGAACAAUGUGAGAUACUGAUAGAUAAAUUAGAUAGAAGACGUGACGAAGAAGUUGAGAAUUUUAAAAAGUUAUACCAACAGUUCCCGGCCGCUGAGAACGUGGAUGUGUACUGUAUCAGUAUGAAGUGGUUUAGACAGUGGGAAGCGUUCGUCAAGGGACGGGAGGAAGAUCCUCCUGGUCCUAUCGAUAAUCGUAACAUAAUUACAGUCAGAGAUAAUACUAGAAUAUUAAAAUCAAAUGCAGAUUAUGAUCAGGUAUCGUUGGAGACAUGGAACUAUCUCAAUGGUAUCUAUGCUGGUGGACCAACAUUCGUCCUUGAAGCCGAGACUGAAGAACAAGAAGUAUGAUAAUGCACCAGGACUCCGCCAUGGGCAGUCCAUUGACCGGGUUUUUAUCUGUCUAGAUCUUGGUCGCGCCCAAUCGUCACUCCUUUCACCCCUACUAUUUUAUCCUUUAGCCACGCAUUGAAUCCUGUACUCACGCUCAAUCAACACAAAAUGCAAUUAAUCCGACAUCUACAAACACUCGUAAUAUUCGUAUUAGAAUGGCAUUCUCAUAAAAUAAUGGUAAAUUACAAAAUUAUUUAAAAACAAAUCCCAUCAGUGACAUUAAAUUGCAGUGGACCGACCCUCUCACUUUGGUCGUCCGGUUGAAAACACAUGUCAAACCUCUUGGCAAUAAGAGAAUGUUAUAUCCUUAAAUGCUCCCCGUAAAAUGCUAYCCGGAAGCGGUAACAUUGCACUAAACGUUAAGCUAUGAAACCAACGCAUGUAUCUUCCAGGAAUUCAGAGGUUUUUGUGCUCCUAGUGCUUCUCAGUCGUGCGAUCUGCCUUCGAUCCCAUUCGCUGCUCGAACUCUGCAUUGGAGGUUACCUCGGCUCGCCAAAUUCCGUGUACAAUGAAAUCCAGAAUAUAACAAUGAUGUCACAGAUCUCUCAUUGAAAGUAGAACAAUAUACAUGUAUAUUGCUCAGAGACUAAUUUUAUAAAUUCUCUUUGAAUUGCUGAUGCACGCCACAUCUCUUCUCGCACUCCAAACGCAAUCCUAGGUUUAGUGUACUGUGGCGCUGCGGUACUUUCUGUAAGCGAGAAAAAAUUGCAGCUCUUAUCGAGCAAAUUGCUCGUAAAUCAGUCAUUUGAAAAGGGCAAUUUCUUUUUUCAGACUAAAUUCAAGAAAUUAAAAAUCAAACUAUUUAAAAGAACGCUUUCGACUAAACGAUUAACUGUGUACAUUUAACUUACUGAUAAAAAGUGUACAUUGUUAUAUAUCGAUUUUAGUAGUGCUUUGGUUGGUCAUGGCCUCCCACGUACAAAAUCAUGUGGAACUGUUAUUAAUCGAAUAAUUUAAGCCAAAAAUAUCCCGCUAUAGGGGACACCUCGAAAAACUCUACGUCCAUUUUCUACGCGUCUUUUGUGUACGUAAUCAAAGUGGCAAAACCUUGCAAUACAGGCCUAAAACGACUUAUAGUAAGGAAACUAAACAUAGUUUUAAAAAAUCGAUUUCAGAAUAACCGCUACGAAAUAAACCUGUCAAAAAAUAUAAUGGUCACGUGAUACUUUUUGAUCAAUUAAAACUUGAAAAGAAUAAGAGCAAGUACGUCCGUGUACACAUCACAGGGCUCCCACUGAAAUAAAAAAAAAUCACAAAUGUACAUUAAAAUAGCUUUAGCCAGGAAAUGUUCAGGCCAAGAACAACAGGAAUAAACAUUCUUAUUUAGCUAAAGAUGGAUCAAGAAGUGAUCUUCAAGAA